AUGGCUCCCCUCACUCUCCAAUCAGCUAUUAAGCUAAACAGCGGCCACGAGAUCCCACAUCUCGGCUACGGUCCCCGAAGACAAGGCCGAGGAAGUCAUCGACUCCGCCGCCGUCUACAAAAACGAAGCCGGCUGCGGCGCCGCCAUCCGCAAAAUCACCGACAAGAUCCCCGCUCCGCCAUCUUCUUCACCUCUAAAGUCCCCGGCCGCGGGCUCAACUACGCCGACGCCAAGGCCCAGGUCGACCGCACCCUCAAGGAGACGGGACUCGACUACAUUGACCUGAUGCUCCUGCACGCCCCUACGGCGGCUCCGAGGGCCGCAAGGGCGCGAGCGCGGCGGGCAGGGAAAGGCGGCGUGAUUAGCGUGGGCCAGUGGGAGAUUCACCCUUGGCUGCCGCGCAACGACAUCGCCGAGUGGUGCGCGAAGCGCAACGUGGCCGUCGAGGCCUACAGCCCCAUUGUCCGGGGCGAGCGUUGGGGCGAAAAGGCCGUCGUCGCGCUGGCGGACAAGUACGGCAACGUUACCCACUCGCGCAUCCUCGAGAAUGCGGAUCUCUACAACUUUGAGCUCACGCCCGAGGAGGUUGCUAGCCUGGAGACCAAGGAGUACGCGCCUGUCUGCUGGGAUCCUACUGUGAGCCCGAUCCAGGAUUAA